AUGGCGGGCCCGUACCAACGUCUCUCGGCGCCGGUGCCGGCACCGGUGGUGGUAGUGUCACCCCAGUUCUGCUCGCCGGACGUGGUGCCUCUGACGGUGACCAAGAAGGUGGCGAGCCUCAGCGGCGGCGACUUCACCGUCACCGACGCCAACGGCGCCGUCGUGCUGCAAGUCAAGGGCAGUUUUUUCACCGUCCGCAAGCGUCGCGUGCUCCUCGACGCCGCCGGACAGCCCGUCCUCUCCAUGCACGAGAAGGUGUUUAGUAUGCACAACAGAUGGGAAGUGUUCAGAGGGGACAGCACGAACGCAAGCGAUUUGCUCUUCACCGUGAAGAGAUUCACGCUGAUGCAACUGAGGACAGAGCUGGAUGUGUUCUUGGCCGGGAACACCGCCCAGCAGGCCUGCGAUUUCAGGAUGAAGGGUAGCUACUUCGACAGAAACUGCGUCUUCUACCUUGGCAACUCUGACGUCAUGAUUGCUCAAAUAAGCCGUAAGUACACUGUCUCCAAUGUGCUGCUGGGAAAGGACACGUUCAACGUCACCGUGUUCCCUCACGUUGACCAUGUCUUCGUCGCGGCUCUCGUUGUGGUUCUGGAUGAGGUUCACAGCAGGGAUCGUAACUACUAA